AUGGAGGUUGUCAUAUCUGCAGUUGCAGGUGAACUUGCAAGCCAUUUCAUCUCCUUCCUGCUGAACAAGUACCACCCGAAGCCUUCACGCUCGGAAGCAGAAGAGCUGAUAGAGAGGUUGCAGCACCUCCUGAUGAGAGUAAGCAUGGUCGUUGAGGAGGCGGAUGCGCGAUACAUAACCAACUCGGGGAUGUUGUUGCAGCUCAAGAUGCUCUCAGAGGCCAUGUACAGAGGAUACCGCGUCUUGGACACCUCGAGGUACCGAACCCUCCAAGACAGUGCAGGCUUCGAUGAGGUUAGCAUCAAAGACUCAUCUACCAGCAGCAUGUAUUUAGCAAUUCCCCUCAAGCGUUCUCGAACAACAACCGAGAAGGAUGACAAGGCCAUGUGCCUCGAGUCACUAGGAACCUUGGAAAGCUUAGAAGUCGCUAUUGCUAACAUGGCAGAAUUUGUUCUGCUUCUGGGUGGAUGCGAGCGCAUGUCUCGUAGGCCAUACGACAUCUAUCUUUACACCGACAACUUUAUGUUCGGCCGGCAUGCUGAAAAGCAAAAACUCUUGAGCUUCUUGUUGCAGCACAGACCUGCUGGUGAUGCACCAGCCAUUCUUCCGAUCAUAGGUGGUGCCAAAGUUGGGAAGAAAACUUUGGUUGCUCAUGUGUGUGGCGACGAAAGGGUUCGCUCGUGCUUCUCUUCUGUUUUGCACUUGAGUGGCGAUAGUCUUUUGAGGCAUGGAAGGACCAUGUCUGGGAUGAAGAUGCUUGUAGUUAUUGAGUUUGCUUCUGAUGUAAGUGAUGAUGACUGGAAAAACUUCCACUCAGUUCUCAUAACAAUGGGUAGAGGAAGCCAUAUCAUCAUCAUAAGUAGAAUUCAAAGAUUAGCCCGAUUUGGAUCAGUGAAACCGAUUUUUCUAAGUGUUCUAUCUUAUGACGAGUGGAGGUACCUAUUCAAGACACUGGCAUUCGGGAGCGUAGACCCAGCAGAACAUCCACGUCUACUAAAAAUAGCAGAUGAAGUUGCCAAGCAGUUGCACACACAAGGUUCACUUGUUGCAACAAAUGCUUAUGCAGAUUUGUUGAGGAGAAAUCUUAAUGCUCAGUUUUGGCAUUGCAUAUUGGACAAGGGGAUAAGAAUGAUUAAAAGAAACAUCGCCGUGUAUGGUGUGCAUCCAAGCAUGCUUAUAGAACAAGGACACCCGGUGGACAUAACGGACUUUGCUAUGCAUCCACUUAGCAUGAUACCUUAUACGAUUAAUGCUUCAAUCAAGAAGGAAUCGCCAAGUGUGACAUUUGGGGAGUUGCUAGCAGAUCCUAGUGUUAGACCGAAAGAAGACUUCAUUCUGAUUUCAUGGGAAUCAAGGAUACCCCCUCAUAAUUCAUUUGCUAAUUUUGUUAUGAGUCGUGCUCAGGAUACACAUGAAGGGAGUACCUUGCCAGGGAGGAAGCGACGAGGUGUGCCAAUUUAA